AAAAAAGUAUCAGUCUCGCAGUUGAGCGCAGCGCAGCCGCGUCGCAUACUGUGGGAAGAGAUUUGUUUAUUUUGAGUUCGUAUCAGUUCGUAUUAUGCCAGUUAUAAUUAUUACCGGCAUACCGUGCAGUGGUAAAACUACGCGAGCUUCUGAAUUGAAAGAAUAUUUUGUAAAUAAGGCAGGAAAACAUGUAGAAAUUAUAAACGAAAUUAAUGUCGUGAGAAGAGCAGGUUAUGACAGGGACACAUUUUACAGUGAUUCGAGAAAGGAGAAAAGCGUGAGGAGCGACGUAAAGUCAGCGGCACAACGACUGUUGAAUGCAAACGACGUAUUAAUUAUUGACGGGAGUAAUUACAUCAAAGGAUAUCGUUAUGAAAUCUAUUGUAUGACAAAACUGUACAAGACUCCUCAGUGUACCAUAUUUUGCGAUAUUCCGGUUGAACAUGCCUGGUUAUGGAAUGAGAAACGACCCGAUGACGAACGAUACGGUAGAGAUAUCUUUGACGCACUCGUAACGAGGUACGAGGCACCGGAUGAUAGAAAUCGUUGGGACGCGCCCUUGUUUGCCACGGCGCCGGAGGAUGAAUUGAAGUUUGAUGAAAUUUAUAAAUCACUGUACGAAGUAAAAGCACCGAGGCCCAAUUUGAGUACGCAAUGUCCACCGUUGUCUUCUACGAACUAUUUAUACGAACUGGACACGGUGACUCAAGAAGUUAUCAAUGCAAUAUUGGCAGCGAAACAGCUGGGCAUCGAGAGCGAAUUUAAAAUACCAGGGCAUAAUUUGACUGUACGGAAUCCAUGUACUGCGGCGCAACUGAUGAGAUUACGAAGACAAUUUUUAACUUACAGUAAAAUGCAACAAAUUGAAAUCGAUCAGAUAGCAUCGUUGUUUGUACAGUAUCUGAAUAAAAGCGUAUAAAUCCAGAA